AUGGAGCAAUCUAAAUACUCCCGCUUCCUCGUCUUCUUCCUCGUCUUGUUCACGCAAGCACUCAAACCCGACAAAUCGGGCCUCACUAUGGAGCAGCAGUCUAAGCCUGCAACCCAAUUCAUCAUUGAUCAGCAGGAGCAGAUCCGACAGAGUCUGCCCUUCGAUGACGAACGAGAUUUCGUGAAUGCGAACAGGGGCUUCACGGGCCGCCGUGACCCAAACAUCGUCAAGAAUGACACUGGUGAUGUUGUGUGGAAUAAUGACGCCUACAAGUUCCUGAAGGACGACGCACCGGACACAGCUAAUCCGAGUCUGUGGCGCCAGUCGAGGCUUGUUCACCUGGAUGGGCUCUAUCAAGUCACACAAGGUAUCUACCAGGUGCGCGGCCUCGACCUCUCACACACGACAAUCAUAGAAGGCGACGAGGGCAUUAUCGUCAUUGACCCCCUCACUUCGCAGGAGACCGGCGCCGCAGCGCUCGCCCUCUACCGGGAACAUCGCGGCACAGACAGGGCCAUCAAGGCCAUCAUCUACACGCACUCCCAUGUCGACCAUUUUGGUGGCGUUAAAGGCUUUGCCACGGAGGAGGAUGUCGAGAAAAAUGACAUCAAGAUCCUUGCGCCUCAGGGUUUCCUCGAGCAUGCUAUAUCCGAAAAUGUCUUUGCCGGUACUGCCAUGAGCCGGCGCUCUGCGUACAUGUUCGGCGCCUCCCUCAGUCGGGGACCGAGGGAUCAGAUCGGCGUCGGACUCGGACAGACUGUCUCGACUGGGACCAUCACACUCAUCGCGCCUAAUGAGGAUAUUAGUCGCACCGGCGAGAAGAGAACCAUUGACGGCGUCGAGAUGGUGUUCCAGAUGGCGCCAGGCACUGAAGCCCCUGCCGAGAUGCUCAUCUACUUCCCCCAGCUCAAAGCACUAUGCGCUGCUGAGGUCGCCACCCACACCAUGCACAACAUACUGACACUGCGUGGAGCUCUGGUCCGCGACCCACAUAGCUGGGCCAUACACUUGACUGAGACUAUUGACAUGUUUGGCGGUGAAGCUGAGGUUGUCUUCGCAUCCCACCACUGGCCUACCUGGGGCAUUGAGGAAGUUGUGGAAUACCUCACCUCCCAGCGCGAUCUGUAUGCGUACAUGCAUGACCAGACACUCCGCCUACUGAACAAGGGGUACAAUGGUCCUGAGAUCGCUGAGAUGAUGACCCUACCUCCCGCGCUUGAUAAAGCCUGGAAUGCCCGCGGCUACUAUGGCACCUUGAACCACAAUGUGAAAGCUAUAUACCAGCGCUACAUCGGUUGGUUCGACGGCAACCCGGCCCAUCUAUGGGAGCACACGCCUGAAGAGAGGGCCAAGCGUUACGUUCAGCUCGCGGGCGGAAUGGAACAGAUUAUUAGGAAUGGGCGUGAGGCAUUCGAUGCCGGCGACUUCCGCUGGGCAGCCGAAGUUCUGAACCAUGCUGUCUUUUCCGACCCUCAUAACUCAGAUGCCCGAGCUCUACUAGCCGACGUCUACGAGCAGCUCGGAUACGGCUCAGAGAGCGGCGCCUGGAGGAACUUUUUCAUAUCGGGAACGACGGAGCUACGCAAUGGAAACUUCGGGACGCCUACAGAAACAGGCUCGGCUGAUGUGAUAGCGCAGCUCACGCCCGAGAUGCUCUUCAAUGCUCUCGCCAUCCUAAUCAACGGCCCGGAGGCCUGGGACAAGAAGCUGGCCAUCGACGUUGUCGUCCCCGACGUGGAAGUCACCUACCACCUGUGGCUGUCGAACGGCGCGCUCAUUUAUAGCACGGCUCCGCAGUCGACCAGCGCCAACGUGACCCUGACCGGGACUACCAAGCAGCUGCCUGCGCUCGCGGUGCAUGGGCCUAAUCCUGAGGCUCUAGAGAAGGCAGGCAUCAAGGUUAACGGUGACAAGACUGCACUUAGCACUCUCACAUCCCUGCUUGACCAGGGUGACCCCAACUUCAACAUUAUUACACCAUGA